CCCCAUCUGCCCUGGCUUUUUCUCCCAAACACUCUUCCCUUCAUCAGUCAUUCUCUCUUCCAUCAUCGCUAUGCACACCAGGACGCAUCCCAGCCAUAGACGCGCCACGGGCAGUGUAGAUUCCCCAUGAUGCUGAGCGGCGGCAGUGCCUCGCCGUGGGGGAAUGCCGCGCCCUACCUGGGUUGAGGGGUGGGCGUUCAGGCCCACGUCUGCCCUGCGAGGGCUCCGAUGCCGCCGCGCCCUCAUGUGGCAGCGUAUGCAGAGGCUGACCCGGGCGUGCCGCCGCGGCGUGGGCUGUACCCUCGGCUACAAUGACCAUGACCGGGACGAGCAGGAGAUGGUGUGCCUUGAGCCCAUGGGAUCAGAGCCGAUGGAGAUGCGAAAGAGGCAGAUGUCGGUGCAGCGGGAGUCGGCAGCGGGGGGGACUGCACCGGCCCACCAGGGCCAGCCGGGCCAGGCCAACCCGCGGGGGUCCAACGCCUGCUGCUUCUGCUGGUGCUGCUGCUGUAGCUGCUCUUGGAACGAGGACCGAGACGAGAGGAAUCGGAAGGCAUCGUACGACGUCAAGGAAGGGACCGCGGACUGUGAAGACUGCCCCAAGCCCACGCUGGAGGAGGUGCGCUCGUGGGCCCAGUCCUUUGACAGGCUCAUGAGCUGCCCGGCCGGACGCAACUCCUUCCGCCAGUUCCUGCGCACCGAGUUCAGCGAGGAGAACAUGCUCUUCUGGCUCGCCUGCCAGGAGUUCGCCAAGGACAGCAACAAGGGCUCCGUGGAGGAGAAGGCCCGCGUCAUCUACGAGGACUACAUCUCCAUCCUCUCCCCGAAAGAGGUGAGUCUGGACUCCCGGGUGCGCGAGUCCAUCAACCGGAACAUGCAGGAGCCCACGUUGCACACAUUCGAUGAUGCCCAGCUGCAGAUCUACACGCUCAUGCAAAGAGACUCGUACCCGCGCUACAUGAACUCCCCGGCCUACAAAAACCUGCUCAACGCUCUGUCCGAGCAGUCACCCGAAUCUUAAAGAAAAGCAAGACCUGUGAUCCCUUUUUUAUUUUCUUUCUUCCCCUCUCUUGUGUCCAGUGCAGGAUUUACACCGACCAAGCGGGCCGCCGCAACACUCGGGGAAUUCUCAGCAGCAGACACUCAGGUCUCAGCAUAUUGCGAGGGCUCCACAUCACAAGUACUGCUAACACUCCAACAUAGCAACACAACACUCCAAAGGAACUUCUCUUACUUUUACUCCUCUCUCUUUUCAUAGAAAUAAUCUAUUUUAGUUGACAUUUUUUUUUUUAAUUGUUUUUUUUCUCAAUGGACAGGGAGGAGUAAAUGAUUGCUACUUAAGACUACAUAUAUUUAUGAGGUUGUAAAUAGUACAAAUGGAAUUGUGGGUAUUUUACGUGGAGAUAUUUAACUGCGUGAUGAGAAUCAGAGUUCAAAGGCAAAGGCUGCAAGCAAGCUCAGGUUUGCAGGCAGCUUUGUGAGGGGUGCAGCAGCCUUUGACCUUGGUUUCACCUUGUUUUUCUAUUUCUAUUAUUAUUAUUAUUAUUAUUUUUACAACCUAACCUCACUCUUGGGUAUGUGUGACUUGGCAACUCCUUUUGUAUAAUGUUAGCAAUUUUAAUGUUUUUUCCCCCCUUCAUUAUUUUACCCGCCCAAGCUCAAUUAAAUGUGGGUUACUGGAAAAAAAACAAAAAACAAAAAAAACAUAUUUAAUCCAAUAAAAAUUCAAUUAAGUUGAGAAAGUAAUGUAAAAUAUUUAAAAUUAUUUAAUUUAUUCAUUAUUAUAAAAUUUUAUGUUCCUUAUUUAGGACUAUAUCAAAAAUUCUUUUAUGUCAUUUUGCUAAAUAACUGUACAGGAAAUAUACAUUUCUUUUGCUUCUCACAUAAAAGUUUAAAAUAUGAAUGUAGAGAUGAUUUGACAUUUAAGGAAGUUUUUUUUCUUUUUUUUUAAUUGCUUGCCAAUGGAGUGGAAAAACAAGCUAGCUUAGCUCUGUCCUAACAUAAAAUACAGUCAGAUGCGAGCAUCGUAAUUACUGUGAACAAAAAGCAUGUAACUCCAAAAACAGUUUUCCCCAAACAAAUGCAAAAAAACCCCCAAAAAACAAACGAAAAAAAACCAACAAAAAAAAACUGCAGCGACUUUGUAGUACAGCAAAAAUAAAACGUUAAAAAUAAUUCAUAAAUGUUAAAAAUACAUUUUGGACUAAAACCUACAUGUUUAUACAAGAGGAAGAAAAAUAGUUUUUGCUGUUUUUCCAGAUUAUUUCUAAAUGCAAAAUGUGGAGCUACAUGUUUUUUUGUAGGACAGUGACAAUAUAACUUCCUUAAAUGUCAAUUCUGCAAAAUAAAUUUAGACUCAUACGUCCCCACCUUUAAAAUAACUGUUUUUUUGUUGUUGUUUUUUUUAGCAUACAAAUAAGUUCCCAGAAACAGGAGGCUUUAUAUUUUUUUUCCAGGGAGAAAGUGGAGAUGCAUGCUUUUUUGUUUCUUCCUUAAAUGUGAAACUAUUGAUUUCAUUAAUUUUGCUUACAGACAAUUCACACCUCCAGUUCCAACUUUUGUGAGUUCUAUUAUUCAUCCAAAGCAAAAGGUAAACUUGCUUUUUAGGAUUAAAAAAAUAAAAUAAAAAAAUCACAAUAUACGGUCAUUUAUCAUUUUUCUUGUGCCCCAAAUUAUUGCUUGCUGACAAAUUUUUGCUCACGAUGUUCGACUGCACUGAAAGACUGGUUACCCAAUGUUAAUUUGAAAAUGCUAGUUUGUAAGUUAGCGGACAGAUUUGAAAUCAAAAUGCUGCCGCGUUCGUACGUGAUGUCGCUACGAUUGGAGUUGCCAAGAAGUCCGAUCCGUUUGUGACGUUCGUUGCCUCACGACCGCGUCGCUCAAAAAAAAAAAAAAAAAAAAAAAGACG